AUAAUACUAUCAACGCAUGAGUGCCCAGAUGCGUGUAAUAGUACAGCAGCCGCGGACUCAAUCCACAGUGUGUGUGUGUCAUCACAUCACUGCAGACAUCCAGUCGAUGUGUGGAGGGAAUACCACUGAGAAUCCAUUGGCAGCUUUAUAAACAGGUUGUCAGUGCAUCAUCUGUGACUUCAGCAUGGAUACCGAAAUUAGACUAGGCGAGUCGGCCAGCCUUCUCACUGGAUACAAGGCUGAUAUCUACUCCGUGCCCUUCAACAAGUCUUCCAAACCCGCCCUCAACGACGGCCAAGUCAUCGUCAAGAACCCUGACUACGAUGCCGAGUGGUCCUGGCCGACGAUCUCUCUUCAUGAUGACGCAGAAAACCUGCUGAGUGCUGUCUUUCAGAUCAAGCUCAGACCUCUUGAAGAUGUUUCAGAAGAGAAUGGCGUGGCAGGUAUCUGGCCAGCAGGAGCUCUUAUCGUAGCUGGGUUGUCUGCCUCAUCUCGUUCUGAGGCUCUCAAAAAGCUGUCUGGUCAACUUGGAGUCGAUCUUGACAAGGACUGGUCCUAUGCUCUGGUCCGCCGUACACGUAAGAUAGGCACAGCGAUCCAUCCCUGCUAUGAGAGAGGUGUGUUUGGUCAUCCCGACCCUGACACCAUCUUGAAACCAGACACCCUGGCAGCUCUGAAAUCCUUGGAAAAGAUGCAGGCGAAUUCUACCAACGUGUCCAAGCGGGGUGCCGAAGGCUACUUGGAUUUCUAUGACACCUACGGCUCACACUUCGUAUCCAGCGUCGACACAGGUGACACCAUCUUCCAAGUCUUUGCCUUUGCCUCAACCAAUUACCAGAAUGUCGUCAGAGUUUACGAAAAAAGUCCAAAUGAUCUGAGUGGUCCCAAGUCUACCUCCUUUGCUUUGUUCACCACGCCUCGUUCUGGAAGUGGGUAUGGUCGCACCGCAGCCAUCGGCAACAUCUGCAUUACCAGCCAAGAUCCAGAGAUGGAGAAAUCCCUGAAAGAUGGACUUUGGAAAGAUAAUAAGUUUGCGGGCACAGACAGCAUCUUUGCUCCAUUUCUCCGCUCCGAUGCUGUCGAUGUCAACACAACCUUCAAGAAGGUCGUUGUGAUAUCCAUCGAGCUAGCAUCCCUUGACGUCUUUGCCGAGUACUACCGAAUGCUGAUCUGGCGGCGAGUCUUCAAAGCAGCCAUGUACGCCAAGUACCUCACCGGUGUGGGCGUGGCUCCUUAUUUCACCAACAACUGUCCCUACGACUUGGAUUCCGUGUUCCAGGACUCGGACUCUAUCGGCGGAGAUGGUCUGCUGUCAACACUCGCCACACCCUCAGUCAACAUCUGGCAGGAGAAGCUCAACUUGGGUGAUAUCGUUCUUCAGUUUCCGGAGUUGGUGAAAGUUUUCAGCGUGUUUGCAAAUGCGAUCCAGAUGCCAGUCACUUCCUCCCAUGAGAAAACGACCAUCGAUAUUCCUGGUUCCAAUACGGUGUCCCUUCUAGGGCACGUUAUCACAUCUGGACGGACAGGCCCUACUCCUCCAAAUCUACGCCUGAGUGACCCCGCUUUGAAAGAGAUUAAAAGCCGCCUCUUUUGUGGUGAGUUUUACGGCGGGUUACAAAUAAGUAGCUCUAGUGACAGUAAAGGUGUUGUGAUUAUGAAUGGCUUAAUGUUCCAAGAAGUCAAAGGUCAAGUCUCGGUUGUGUGUGAUGUGCGUGAGACUCCAAAUAUGGCAAUACUCACCGAGCGGUUGACUGAUAUUCAAUUUGCUCUAGUAGCGGCAGAAGCUCGCCUUAACUUCUUGCUCUCAAACGCCGCGUCUCAGGGUCAAAGCCUUGAGCUUUUGAAGCGGUUCUUGUUGUGGCUUGCUGGAGUAGCAGGUAGCAAUUACCAGUAUCAAGAUGACCAGUUGGCUACACUUCAGGCAAGAGCAAUGUAUCUUGCAUCUGUGGUGGCCGCUGACCAAGGGGCUGGCGUUCCCGUGCCGUACUUACGAUACGAAGCCUACAAAGACGUAGUCGAAAAUGUCCAGAAUGCUUUGAGAACAGCAUCCGAUCACCUGACGGACUACCAGAACCAGAUCAGGGUAAGAAAAGCUGAAGAGCGCCAGGUGCAGAGAGACACAGCUCUGAACGAAAACAUCGUCAACUCGGGCAAGCUUCUUCAAGAUUACAUCGGUGCUCAGGCGAGCUAUCAACAAAGCCUGGAAGACAUGUUCUCCAGCGUCUUUCAGGAAAAGAUGGAUGAGCUGGAGAAGGCCAAUAAACGAGCAGACCAACUGAGUGCCAGUCUAACCGAGCAGCGAGUAGUUGUCAACGACGCCAUUGAGGAAUACAAAGACGCUGUUGCUGAAUAUAUAGAGGAGCAGACCAUCAAGGCAGCCAUUGACAUCGCUUCGAGUCUCUUCUCUCUCGGCUUCGCAUUUGCUGCGCCUGCAUCCUCGAUCAAGGCUCUUGCUGAUCUCGGUUUGACGGUCCAGAGAAUUCAAAAGGCUGUUAAAGUCUUUGAUGCUGUUAUCAAGACGUACAGAGCCAUAAAGGCUGUACCUUCUAAUCCAAAAAAGGUGGUCGAUUCCCUGGCGGACCUGGGUCCUAGUGGUCUAGAUAUGCCGUCUUCGCUCGAGUGGGAUGAGAUGAAAGUCAACUUCAGUGCCACCCUGGCUUCUGGUCCAGCCAUAGGAGUUAAGAACACUCUCUCAGCAGCUUUUGGUGUACUGGUAUUAAGAGGCAAAGCACUUCUUCAAACGCAGGGAAAAAUUCAAGGGAUCGUUGCUGAUCUUUCGGCUGCUCAGCAACGAAUCAGUCUCCACGAAGACCAGAAGAAACGACUAGAUGAGCUGAAAAUCAACCUGAAUGCAAAGCCGGAGGAUCUGAAUGUCGAGAAGGUUGAUCUGAUUGGGCUGUCUGGUCAGUUGAUUUUCUUUGAGCGCCAGAUGCUGAUGACGUUGGCUUCCACUGUAGUUAUUCAGGACAGAGCUUUACAUUACGAGUACUUACGACCACCCACUCCUAUUGGGUCCUUCACGAUGCUGAACCUGCAGCUAGCCAUUCUGAAUCAAUCUCAGAGUAUCAAUCAGGGUCUGACAGUUCAGCCUCAACCAAAAAGCCAGAAGCAUCCGAUCAUCUAUGAAAUUCACGGCGUCAGACCAGAAAGCAUCACUAACAACCAGCGCUACACUUUCAACAUCAGCCUUAACAAACGUGAGUUUUCCUCGUACAACUACGUCCGCAUAGAGGGUAUCCACGUCGAGAUUGGUGGCAUAACUUCAACUAAAAGUGGCAAGUAUUACACGGAGCUAGUGUUCAAUGGAAAUCCGUUCUUUGACCGUGGCUUUGAUGGUCAACCCUUGGAGUUCCAGACGACCUCACGGAUCUUCACCGGUCUUCACGACGUAAGCACCAGCAGUCAUGUGGUAUAUGAUGACGGAAAUGUCGUUCAGAACCCAGAAGCUGUACUAGCAACAACUGGCCAAGAUCCAUUCGGUGCUAAAACUUCCAGCAUCACUCCGUUCUCAAGCUGGCAGGUUUCACUGCCCAAGACUCAGAGUAACGAAGGUAUCGAGUUUGACGAUUAUUCUCGAGGUGUGACCGUCCGUCUUAUCUUCCGCAUCUAUGCCCAGUUGAAGGAAUCUACCGUGACUCCCUCGGAGAUGAACUUUACAGCUCGGCGUCUUCUUACUCGUGAAGAUUACGUCAAACCCGCUUCUAAGAGUAAAACCAAGAAGCUCCGAAGUGUCAAGCUUGGCGGCAAAAGUGAAGGAGUGGUCACUAAGACAGUAGCACCGAUAGCUCUUACAGCCAAACCAUCCAUGGCACGUUCCUUGGCGUCCGAUGGCUCUGCAACAACAACAUCCGUGUCUCGUAAUGACGUCCUUCUUGCCAUGAAAGGAACAUCUGUCUGUGCUGGCUGGGAUGCAGUGUUCUCUAUGACAGCUGAACAGGUGAAUGACCAGUUAUACGGGCAGUAUACCAAUCGCUUAGACAAUCCAGUCUUUAUUAGGGAAACCGGCAAAUUUGAAAACGAAGUCCAGACAUCGGAGGGCAAGACACUGAAGACGGUGUUCAAUUUCACCUUCAAUGCUCCUCGGCUCCAGUUUCUCUUGAAUAACUCCAAUUCUGCUCAGGUUUUUAUGCCAAUCAUAUCUGGGACCUAUGAGUACUCUGUGUUAGUCAACGACACCUGGAUUGAACUGGAGAAGGCUGAGGUGAAGAAGUCUGAUGGGGCUUUCAUCCAAGGAGAUGUUCUUCUGUCGAUCGUUCCAGGAUCAGUCUCCACACAACACAACGUUGCUAUCAAGCUCAAGGGUGGAUCUUUCUCUGCCCGCAAUUUUGAAGCUGGCAACACCAAUCCAACUUUUGGAUUUGCUCUGACCAACUACUUCACCAGCCUUAAGGACGGCUACGAGGUGUACAACCUCGGCACUCUUGAUCUGAGAGGAAUUACGAUCCUGGAUUCUCUAAACCCCAAGGACUUCCUGUUCAAUGUUUACCAUACUCCUAGCAACCGGGAUCUUCUUCAGCUCUUCAUAGCCACUACUGGCAGACUACAGUCAGCAACAUCGCUGUAUAUCCAAGAGCCCAUUCCAUCAACGUAUGAUAGCUCCUUGAUCAUCAACUCUAAGAUCUUCUUCCAGGAUGUGGUGCCAACUUCUCUUGGCGAUGGUGGUAUUGGCCUCACCUUAGAAGGUAUCGAGCCAUCAGACGAUGCUAAUACUAACACUGCCUGGUCCGCUGAAGCAACAAGCGGUUCAGUGUCAGCGCCUUUUCCUGUUACCAAGGUUGGUUCCAACACCACAAGCAAUGAAUUUUCGACCACUAAGUCCGAAUACUACGUCAAAGUCGGCAACGACACGGCAGUUGUCGAUCUCACCGGAAUGCAGUUCCUCCCAGGAGACGAGACGUCAGGUUGGGAUGCCAAGAUGGUGUACUCCCCAGGCAGCAGGAAAUACUCCUUCAAAUAUGGGGACAGAUCAAAGAAUUGUGGUCUGUUUGGUUGUGGCAAAUGGAGCAAAAUCAGCUACAGUAACCAUUCUCUUGGUGUGACGAUUGAUAUGGGAACCACUUUACCACUAAGUGUUACAGGUGACGGUCAGAAUCAAUCCAUAGGAUUCGCUGCCACUGAGUCCAGUGUAAGCUUGACAGGUAACCUCAAACCACCCGGCGGAGCCUGUGAGUGCAAUGACAGAGACUUGCAGAAGAAGUUCCUCUCAAAUCUGCAGAAGUCUUUGCCUACAGAGCUGGUGGGUGUCUUCAACAAGUCAUUUGACACUGUGUCUCUCUUUGCCCUGAAGAAUCUGUUGUUCCCGGCAAAGAAUUUGAUCACAAUGGAGGAAGGAGCGGUGCCAGGUGACUUGAUUAUCUUCGGAAAUUUCACUCCGGUUUAGAGAGAGGUUGUUAAUUGGCAGCUGCUUACCAUGUUGAAACUAGUGUCUGUACUGUGCUCAGUGAGUUUACUUUACCCCACAGUCCAUACUUGCAAAACCAUUUAUCAAUCUUUUGCUAUCCAGACGCUUCCGUUUUAGGAUGUAAUCAUUUUAGGAAGGGACAAUCCUACAAAAACUACAAACAGUUUGCACUUUCUUGAUAUUUUCAUGCUUUUUAAGUACCUUGUUCGAUUUUUUUGAGGGGGGGGGGUUGAUAGGUAAAGCAGUUAGCAGGAUUUUAAAGGUCGCAUUUUGUAUGAUUAUGAUCUUAAAAUAGGUGGUGUUUACUUUUUGUGUGUACUUUAUCUGGAACAAGUUAAGGUUUGUUUUCUCUGUAGAAGUAUUUCUUGACAUUUCAUGGUGAUUAUGACAGAGCAUUUAAUGUGACACUGAAUAUCGUAAGGCAUAAAUAACACAUCACUAUAGUUGAAUUAUAAUUAUAUAUUUUUAUAU